AUGGCUGCUUCGAAGCCUCUUGCCGAGAUUGGCUCGACCAGCCAGCGGAGGAACUCGCCGAGCUACAAUCAGGCGACGAAGAAGAUGAUCGUUUCUCGCGAAUCCUCGCCAUACGCCGAGAACUCGUCACCUUUCAGCACGAAACUCGCGUCUCCUCGCGAGCUAAAGGAUAGGAUGUCGCCGUUUCGCUACGAUGAAAACACUCCGGAAUGUUCACCAUCGCCUUCUGUCUCCCCCACGCGCCGUUCCAGCAUUGAGCGCUUGAAGCAGUCCGGCCGCGUCAAGAACAGCAACAUCUUUGCGCUGGAGACGAGAGAUGCUUACGACCCGACGUCGUUGCCGAUCGUGGAGAGACCAUCAGCCAACAGACCACUUAGCCAGCAGUUCGCGAAUAACAGCUUCACGCGCUACGACAGCCUUCGAAAGGAGAACAACCCGCUGCUGAGUCCGCAGAGGUCGGGUCACAAGAGGUCAGAGACCGAGAUCAAUGUUCCGAAGCUCAGUCCGACCAAGGAAGCUGCUGCGAUCGCGUUGCCGGUCAGCCCAGAAAAGCAAGGCAGCCCAUCACCGACAAAAUCGUCCCUGGCGCGAACGAGUAUGUUCGGCACAUCACAGCAAAGCUUCUUUGACCCACAGAAUGGCACAUGGUCGGAGGACGAGCGUGCACCAACCCCUCGUGGGCUCUACAAGCACCAGAAAAGUGUAACCUUCCACGCCGAGCCGCCAGUCAUCCAGGAGUACGAGCAGCAAACGCCCGAGCCGUCUGUGUCUGUCUGCUCACGCGAAGGGAGCUGGGACUCAGAUGCCAUUGACGUCUCAGACUACAGCUUCGAGCGUGGCAGCUCUGCUGAGCAACAGGAGCGUGAGGACAGCUUCGACGCCGACUUGGAGAAUGCGGACAAGACUCCUGUUGUCCUUCCUGAAUACUGGUCUCGCAUGUCGCCUGAGGAGGCUCGUACGGACCUCGUAAACAACGAGGACGAUGUUUUCGAUGGCUCGAGCCCAGCGCGUCCGGUCCUUGGCCGGUCCGAGAGUGUGACGUCUGACGGCGAAUCAAGGCCGUUGCCACCUUUGCCCGGCUUCCUGGGUAAGCAUGCGCCCCUGCACACGGAGAAAAAUCUUGCUUCUGCCGGAGCAGAGCACGGCACGCCCGAGGAGCUGCCCGUCACCAACCUAGACACGGGCGAAAAGAUGGAUGUGCAAGUCCGCGUGGCAGAGGCUCCGGUCAUGGAAGACUUGAUUGUUACGGACCUAGCUGAAUUCGCUAGCGCUCCGCCUCGAAUCUCGCGUGAGAGCAUUCUGCGCAAGGUUAGGAACACGAAGUACGAUUUCGAGGAUGAGAGCGAUAUCGAGGAGUCCAUCUUAGAAGCGGACCACCAGGUGCCGCGCAUGUCGUAUGCAGAGCUUGCGCAAUUGGAUCCUGACCAGCCGAUUCCGUCUCGCGAGAACAGCAGAGAGACGAGCGAGACGCAUCUUGGGCAACAUGUGGAAGAGCAGCCGAUUGAGCUGUUGGACGAGGUCAAGAUCAAAGCCGAGCCGACUGACGAGGACGAUGUCGACCUGGCCGCCAUUCCUGCCAUCGACGAGCAAAUAGCUCAGUCGCCGCGCUCACCCUCGCGCAUGGACGAGUACGACCGCCAGUCCUCGGUGCUGCGCCACCCUGCAGAGCCCGAGAGCGCGGACGAAGAGGACGAUACGAGCCGAUACUCUUCUGCGGAGCCGGAGGCCGAGAGCACUAUUCUGUACAACGAAAGCAAUGAGCCUGCCGACGACGGAAAGGAGAGCCUGCAGGAUGCCAUGCAGCUGCUCACCGUGAAGGACUACUCCGAGCCAGCAUCUGUAAGCAAGCCAACUAUGACGGGCGAGUUCUUGGGCUUGCCUACAUACCUGAGCGCGGAUGACUACGACUUUGGCAUGAAGCAGUACAUAACGCCCUCUCCGCCGACGUCCAAUGAGACCACCAGGCAGCUUGACCUGAGUGAUGUGCCGAAGCCUGAGCCCCUUGACUUCAGCCAUCAAGUUCCGGAUGCCAUUAGUGAGAUAUACGGUGGAACUGAGAUCUCACCGCCAGGUACUCCAAACUCUGUCGGAGAGCACCGCACAAGUGAUGUCAGCUCGAUGCACGAGCAGGUCGAGAUUGCACGGUAUGAGAUUGUGCCAGAGCCGCAAAUUCAGUCAGAGCCAGAGCCGGAGCCAGAGAUCGUCAUCCCGGAGCGCAGGGCCACCAUCAAGACCGGCGGCAGGCUCAAGGCUCGACCUUCUGCCUCCCAAGCAGACUUUGAGGCCAUGGCCGAACAGCGAAGACUCGUUAGUGGCGAGCAUCCUGUUCCUGCUAUCCCAACUGGGUACCGUACGGAGCCCGAGAGCACAACUCACGACGAGACAGAUGAGCGAUCGCAUUGCGAAGACGAACGGCCAACUAGCCACCAAAGCCAGAGGCCGCAGCUUGAUGUCUCCAUUCCCGAGAUUGCAACCAACGAAGCCGACGAUCUGGCAACGGGCUUAGAUGCCGAGUUUGAUCGCUUGCUUGAGACCCAAAAGGUACAUUCACCUUUCCCUGCACCACUCUUCGCGCGCUUCGACGCUGCCACGCAGCAACCGAGUGUCGCACGCAGUACCGCAGAAGCAUCAAUGCCCCAAACCCCUUACACUCCCCACUCUUGCAGUGCUGGUGCUAACGGAAGCUCUUUACAUCCACAGAAAGGCUACCUCAUGCGCCAGAACACGAAAGUGGUCGUGGCUUCUAACAGGAACUUCUCGAAUGACAGCAACGGCUCGCACCUGCCAGCCGUCACCGAACUUGCACCGCCGACGUCGCCAACGGUGGAAGGUAGGUCAAGCUCCGCGACGCGUGGGAGCCGAUCAUCGCCGCGAAAGCCGAGCGUGGAGCAGUACUUCAAAACUGAGCCGUGGAACGGCAAGACGAGGCGCAAAAGUAUGCGUAAUGCUUCGGCGCAGGGUGCCGCCUGUGUCCGGGAGCCGGCGCCGCCGUUGCCAGGGAAGGAGAGUGCGCUGGGUGUCGUUAACGAGGAUUAUGCGGCUGGGACUGCUAAUCUGGAUGAUGAAGUCGCUGAAGGUGUCGAGCGUGGAAGGUUGUUCGUCAAGGUUGUUGGCGUCAAGCACCUCGACCUGCCAAUGCCCAAGCAUGACCGUCUGGAUUUCCAGCUGACGCUCGACAACGGCCUACAUUGCGUCACCACAGCGAACCUCGAGCUGGGCAAGUCUGCACCCAUUGGCCAAGAGUUCGAGCUGGUGGUGCAGGACGAUCUUGAAUUCCAGCUCACGCUCACGACCAAGCUGCCACCUCCGCCAAAACCACCGGCGACGCCUACGUUGAGCAGCCCAACGAAGAGCGUCAAGAGCCAGAAGACUGGUGGCUUCGCGUCAAGGUUUUUGUCAAGUCCGAGGAAGCGCGCUGAGCGCGAGAGGGCAGAGCGCGAGGCUGCGGAGGCCGAGGAGCGGAGAUUGCAGGCGGAAGCGCAGAGGAAGCGUGCUUCUGCGCAACCGACAACGUGGGAUCUGCUCCACGAGCUUGUCAACGCCGCCGACGGCUCUUUCGCACGCGCCUACAUCAACCUUAAGGCGCACGAAAAGCAGUGUUUUGGCCGCCAACUCACCGUUGACGUUCCUUGCUACAAUGAGUGGGCGCUGGAGAAGGACAGCCAUGUCGUCAACAGUGUCCGCUCGAAGCGUGGUGCGCACACCGGACCGAUUCGCAGACCGCCGUAUGUGGUUGGUCAGCUCGAGCUGCAGCUGCUCUACGUGCCGAAGCCGACAGGUGCGACGGAUGAGGACAUGCCGAAGAGCAUGGGUUCGGCGAUUCGAGAGAUGAACAAGGCAGGUGAGGUGAAGGAGGUGGUGCACGAAGGCCACUUGAGCCAGCAGGGCGGUGAUUGCACGCACUGGCGCCGCCGCUUCUUCCGUCUCCAGUCUUCUCGCCUGACAGCCUACCACGAGCACACCCACCAAAAGCGUGCCGUCAUCAAUCUCAGCAAGGCAUCCCGGCUGGUCGACGAUAAGACGACCCUCGUCGCCAAUCCAGCAUCCUCCGCGCCCGGCAGCAAGGGCAGGAGAAAGUCUGCUUUUGCCGAAGAAGACGAAGGCUACCAGUACGUGGAAGAAGGCUUCCGCAUCCGCUUCGCCAACGGCGAAACCAUUGACUUCUACGCCGACUCCCGCGCGGCCAAGGACCAGUGGAUGGAGGUACUUAGCCAAGUUGUCGGCAAGCCGGACGUUGUCAAGAAGGCGGCUCGAUGGACAGAUUUGGUGCUUGCACGAGAGCGCGCUGAGGCCGAGGCGUCUUCAUCGCCGACUAAGCCCUCGCCGCCGCAGGGAACGGAAGUGCAUGACUUCACCAAGCCAGUAGCGAGGAAGUCGAUGCCGACCAAGAGUGCAGCUAGCAGUCCGGUCAAGGGGCCUCCAGCGCAGAGGCCACCACCAGCGCCUCGGACGGGCACUGGCGGGAGUGAGAGGGAGAGGGCGAGGACGCCGCCAAUGGCUCCCAGAUCUGCGCAUAGAAGUCGGGAGGCGGUCAAAAGUAUGAUCUUCUAG